ACCACCUUUCGCGCAACCAUUCACAACGACUAGCUACUGCCUGCGUGGCAUUUGCCUGGCCAGAGCAGUAGCACAUCAAACCCGCUGGAACCCUCGUUGUUCGACCCCAUCUUCAAUAUGAGUGCUGCCCCGACGCAAGACUCCACUUCGUCUUCCAUCCCCGACCUACACGAAUCCAAGAACACCACGGAACAAGUUGUUUGGGAUCAGUCGGAUCCUAUCUCUCAGGAGAAGCGCAGACUGCUCGAGCUCAGCAAGAAGAAAGAAGGUGUCAAAGUUGCAAUGUCUCCUACAUCUGCCCCCGCGCCUACAACGCUCGCCCCAUCACCUCCUCUCAGUCCUCCAUUUGAUGGCAGACCCUCUCCUCGCGGGAGCCCACGCAUCUAUCCCUCUGGAGUUGGUGCUUCACCCAGCCGCCGUGUAAACCGUUCCUCUUCACCAGGUCUGCUCCAUUCGCCCGCGUCGUCGCAGAUAUUCGAGCGCAAUGUUCAGGAAAGCGUGAGCGAUUUGUCUCGCAGCGAACUCUCCUCCCACUUACCCACACACAUAACUACGGAGGACCAUAUCCCUCCUGUCUUGGAGGCGUCUUCUCUGGCUAUAACGGACGAUCAUCUGAACCCUGAUGAAGUGGAGAUUGUUAUGCAUUCGGCGCACCAACCUGCGGCGGCUGCAGUAACUGGUCGUCCGGAGUCGGUAUACUCACCGUCACAGGACGAUCUACCUAUGUCGUCUUCUGGUCAGUCGGAAAUCGCUGAUGGUGCUUCGAACUAUGCAUCUCUGGAUACAACCGAUGUGCGACGAUUGAGUUUCAUCUCCUUCGCAGACGUUGUUCAGGCAGAGCAUGUGGAAAAUGAUCGAGAAGCAAUGCAGUUCAUGAGCCUCUCGGAGACGGCAAAUCGUUCCCCAUCGCCGGUACGCUCUCCAACUUCAUCCCAUGGUUUCGGUACUUCACCCCCAACAAGCGGGGCGGCGUCCGAGAAAGGUACAGAUCUGGGAUCCCCUAAGAUCCUUCGCGCACCCGGGAGCCCUCCGGCUCCAGGCACGCAGAGUCCUCCUCUGAGUGACCUGCAUGUCGAAACGAUGCGACAGGCACUUCGCAAGACUGGAAACGGAGAAUUCGAGCCCAGCGCGCCGCGCUCUCAACCUUUGAGUGCAUUGAGUCUGGAAGAUAAUCUGUCCGACCAGCCCCCUUUCAAACCGUGAAGCACACUUUGAGAGACCCUCAUGGCGUAAUGUUGCUAGCAAAGAGGCAGAUUACAGGUCAGUUUCUGCGACACACUGAUCAUCUGUAUGCCGCAAACCGCCAUCAUCACGAUGAUUCGAGGGUUUCGGGGGACGAAUCUCCUAAUUGUGUUCUGUUUCACCAGAUUUUUGUGUAUUUAAUUUCGUCGACCCUGGUGAAGGAUUAGGAUUCUGUUUUCUUUCAUUUGACUAUUGGGCGCGAGGAGGAACAGAUGCGGGCAGCGAUAUCCACCAAGUUUUUACAGGCUCUUUUUAUCUCGUUACAUGACUCUUAUUUAGUAGAGCGCGGCGCGUUAGGAUGGAGAUAUGGGAUGCAUUCCGCAUGUCAAGCAGUCACAGCCACGCAAUUCUUAAGCCUUGAAUGACGUCCAUACUAUUCUAUGAAGAACAAUACUCGUUCUUUCUUUCCCGAUUUCGUGCACGAAGCGCAGCCCUAAGGUGUCUACCCUGCAAUUUCCA